AUGGCCCCUCCUACUCCCACCUCUAACCCUUUCGCCGCCAUGAGGAACUUUGGUGGUAUGGUGUCGUCUGCUCUUUCCUUCGGCGACAGAUCUCGCCAAGUCUCCUCCCUCGGCCUCGGCACCCUCUCUUUGGGGGAGCCGUCUGGCGAUGUCCCGCCUCCUCGCUCCGCUUCUCCUCCCGCCGGUCCUCCCGCUGGUUCUCCCUCUGCUUCUCCUCCUCCUGGUCCUCGCUCUGCUUCCCCUCCUGCCGCCAGUCCUCGCCGCAGGACGCCCGCCUUUCGUCCUGACUUCGAAGGAAAAGGGGGUGAUUAUAGUGAUGAGGAUGAUAGAAUCGUGUCGGAGGGUGAAACCGAGUUAGAGGAACACUCGGAUGAUGAUAUGGUGGCGGUUAGUGUAGAGGACAACAACGUAGAUAGUCCUGAGCCCGCUCCUGCCCCUCCCCCUGCUCAAAUUGUGGGCCAGAAACGACGCCGUUCCCUCUCCUCUUCUUCUUCUUCCUCUUCUUCUUCUUCCUCUGCUUCUUCCUCUUCCGGGGUUCUCCCCCCCCCCAACGCCAUCGCCGCUGCCGCCGCUGCUGCCGCCGCCCGCCCUGCCGCCGCCAUCGCUCCUGCUGCCGCCGCCGGUCCUGCUGCCGCCGCCCCCGUCGCUGCUCCCCCCCCUUCUCCCAGAGGGGAGCCUUCGCCCAAACGGGUGAAGAGAUCACUGCGGGAAGAAGAGUACUUGUGGGAGAAGAUGAAGUCCGAGCCUGGUCGUUGGAUCGCGGUUGGUGUUGACGAAGCGUGUGAUCGUUGCCGACGUGAGAUUAUCACGUAUAAUCGUCCAAACUGGCCCUGCCUCAAGGCAGUCAGGCCACACAACAAGGCCCUCCGUUGUGCUUCAUGCACGUCUGGCCCCUGCUCCUUCUGUCCCGUUUCCUCUGCCCGGGACAUCCCGCCCCGUCCCUUCGACGCUUCUCCUCUCCCCCCUCCCCAGACUCCAGCGUCUGUCCCCCGUUCGCGGGUACCGUCUUCGUCUCUCCGGUCGGUUCGCCGUACUUCGCCGGACCUCCGCCCGUCGCCUCCGUCGCCGUCGCCCUUCGCUCCUGUGGCCGGCCCAUCACGUCUCCCGGCUGUUCCUCCUUCGUCUUCUCGCCGUCCUUCGGCCUCUGCUCCUUCGGCCUCUCGUCCUUCGGCGCCACGUCCGUCCUCUCCAGUGGUAGCUUCUCCUCCGGCUCACAGCACCCGAAGUCGGCGUCCUUCUGUUCCUCCGGCCACUUCGGCGGCCCCUCCCGUCACCCCUCCCUCUGCUUCCCAGAAGACACCGAAGUCUUCUUUAAAGAAAUCAAAAGGGAAAUCUAAAGAGAAGGAGGUUGCCUUCAAUGAUGCGUGCUGGUCCCUCUGCUCCCCGGUUGUCCCUCGUCCACCCUCGUAUCUCCCUGGACGUCCGUAUUCCUGA